AUGACUUGUGGAUCCUACUGUGGUGGCCGUGCCUUCAGCUGCGCCUCAGCCUGCGGGCCCCGGCCUGGCCGAUGCUGCAUCUCCGCAGCUCCCUACCGCGGCAUCUCCUGCUACCGAGGACUCUCAGGGGGCUUCGGCAGCCACAGCGUCUGCGGGGCCUUCCGCUCCGGCUCCUGUGGACGCAGCUUCGGAUACCGCUCUGGAGGUGUCUGCGGGCCCACACCCCCCUGCAUCACCACAGUCUCUGUCAAUGAGAGCCUGCUCACACCCCUCAACCUGGAGAUCGACCCCAAUGCUCAGUGUGUGAAGCAUGAGGAGAAGGAACAGAUCAAGUGUCUCAACAGCAAGUUUGCAGCCUUCAUCGACAAGGUGCGCUUCCUGGAGCAGCAGAACAAGCUGCUGGAGACCAAAUGGCAGUUCUAUCAGAAUCGCAAGUGCUGUGAGAGCAACGUGGAGCCGCUGUUCGAGGGCUACAUCGAGACCCUGAGGAGGGAGGCUGAGUGUGUGGAGGCUGACAGCGGGAGGCUGGCUGCUGAGCUCAACCAUGCCCAGGAGACCAUGGAGGGCUACAAGAAGAGGUACGAGGAGGAAGUUUCUCUGAGAGCCACAGCUGAGAAUGAGUUUGUGGCUCUGAAGAAGGACGUGGACUGUGCCUAUCUGCGCAAAUCAGACCUGGAGGCCAACGUGGAAGCACUGACCCAGGAGAUCGACUUCCUGAGGAGACUGUAUGAGGAGGAGAUCCGAAUCCUCCACGCCCACAUCUCAGACACCUCUGUCAUCGUCAAGAUGGACAACAGCCGGGACCUGAACAUGGACUGCAUUGUGGCUGAGAUCAAGGCUCAGUAUGAUGACAUUGCCACCCGCAGCCGGGCAGAGGCUGAGUCCUGGUACCGCACCAAGUGUGAGGAGAUGAAGGCCACGGUGAUCCGGCAUGGGGAGACCCUGCGUCGCACCAGAGAGGAGAUGAAUGAGCUGAACCGCAUCAUCCAGAGGCUGACAGCCGAGAUUGAGAACGCCAAGUGCCAGAACAACAAGCUGGAGGCCGCAGUGACCCAGUCUGAGCAGCAGGGAGAGGCUGCCCUCACCGAUGCCCGCUGCAAGCUGGCUGAGCUGGAGGCUGCCCUGCAGAAGGCCAAGCAGGACAUGGCCUGCUUGCUCAAGGAGUACCAGGAGGUGAUGAACUCCAAGCUGGGGCUGGACAUCGAGAUCGCCACCUACAGGCGCCUGCUGGAGGGCGAGGAGCAGAGGUUGUGUGAGGGCGUUGGCUCCGUGAAUGUGUGCGUGAGCAGCUCCCGCGGUGGCGUCGUCUGUGGCGAUCUCUGUGUCUCCGGUACUGGCCCUGCUGUCAACACCAGAGUGUGCAGCGCCCCCAGCGGUAACGUGGUGGUGGGCACCCCCAAUGCCUGCGCCCCCUGCGCCGGGGCAGGCGCCUGCAGCGGAGGCUGUAAGAAGUGCUAG